AUGGGGAAACCACGGAUGAUCAUUUUAGUUCGCCAUGCACAGUCAGAAGGCAACAAAAACCGCGAUAUUCAUCAAACUAUUCCAGACCACCGUGUGAAGCUUACUCCUGAAGGACAUCGACAAGCCCAAGAUGCAGGCCAUCGACUACGUGACCUCCUUCAACCCGACGAUAAACUUCACUUCUUCACUUCACCUUAUCGGCGGACAAGAGAGACCACCGAGGGAAUUAUUCAAUCCCUAACCUCCGAUGCACCUUCUCCUUCGCCUUUCUCAAGACACACUAUCAAAGUUUAUGAAGAACCCCGCCUGCGGGAACAAGAUUUCGGUAACUUCCAGCCAUGUUCUAUGGAGAUGGAGCGCAUGUGGAUGGAGCGGGCAGACUACGGCCAUUUCUUCUACCGGAUUCCCAAUGGUGAAUCCGCAGCAGAUGCCUAUGAUCGAGUGAGUGGAUUUAACGAGUCUCUCUGGCGCCAGUUUGGCGAGGAUGACUUUGCAAAUGUGUGCGUUCUGGUUACGCAUGGCCUCAUGGCACGAGUAUUUCUCAUGAAGUGGUAUCACUGGAGCGUGGAAUACUUCGAGGACCUUCGUAACAUCAAUCAUUGCGAGUUCCUGGUCUUGACCCACAACCCAGAAAAUGGUAAAUACACACUUCAGAACAAGCUCCGGACCUGGUCAGAUCUGCGAAAAGAUCGAGAGCGUGGAAAUGCAUCCAAAGAGCAGGUCUCUGCGCCCGCCCCGUCUACUGGUCAUAGCCUCACCGACCAUAUCCCAAUCCGACGAAAGUGGGGCGGCUGCCCCGACGGCUGUACUCAUGGCAUGACUGCAGAGGGGAAACAGUCGUUGCGAGCGAAUCUACUGAAUUCCAUACGUCACGAGCAUAGCUACGCCCAACCAAAGCAUGCCGAUGACCAUGUAGGCAGUUUUGGCUCCAAACUUCACAAAUCUAUAUCAAUCGACGAUGUAGUAUCGUCCUCUGAAAGCAGUUCGGCGCAGAAUGAUACCAGCCACAUACCCAGUGCUAGGCACGUCUCCAACCCUCAGCACAAACUUCGCGACGAUGACAACGGAGACACCACAAAGCAAUAUGAUUCCAGCUCAGAAGCCCGGCUAAGCGUGAAUCCAUUGCACCCAAAACGACCGAACUUCCACGGGCUGAACCGAAAUAGUGAAAACCAUCUCCCCCACCUGCCAACAGCUACAUCUUCAUCAUCAGCGCACCUAAAGUACGCCCUCCUCCACCUUGGAGGCCGUGACGGUGGAGGCUCGAUGAGCGGAGCGAACAGCCUCGCCCCAUCCGACGACGAAGGCGACGACCACGCUCACCAUCGUCACACUGCACCACGCUCUCCUAGCCUCGCCACUGGAAGUUUGUCCCAUGCGAGCCAGCACCACUUCGAAUUUCCGUCCAGCGAGCAAACCCAACAGUCAGCUCCCUCUCAGGGGCUCGAAGAUGACGGCGAUGAUGAGAUGAGUGGCAAUCGCACCGAGAAAUUAAAGAAAACUCGCCUGCACCAUCCCCAUAACCACCACCAUCAUCAUCACCACCAUGUUUCUUCUUCUACCGACCAAUCCGAGCACCGCAUGGCUAAUAUCCUAGGUGACGGAGAUGAGUCAUCCAACCACUCAGAAACACAGAUGGGAGAACGAGAAAGUUCGUCAACAGAUUCCCCAUCUCAUCUCCACAUCGAGGAAUUAUCCUUGGAAGAGGAACAAAAGCAAGAUCAGAGCAUCCAAGGGAGCGUCUACUAA